AUGCCUCCGGCAAUCCCCCCUCCGCUGGCAAAAUACAUCCACUCCUCCCUCUCCUCUCCGUGCCCGCACAGCCAAACCCUCAUCACCUCCGUCCUCAGCACGCCUUCGCCCUGGCUGGUCCUCCGGUUCAUCUACGCAGCACUGUACGGCGUCGAGGACGGCGCCGGGGGGGAUGGCAGAGAUGCGGGCAGCAGACGCGAGAAGAUGACAACGAUGACGCCGCCGCCGGCGGUUGUCUUUGCGAGUUUCCUUCGUCCUUUGGCUCUGUGGGUUGAGAUGGGGAAGAAGAUGGGUCUGGAUAUCCCUUCUUUGCUACGGAGCAGGAAAAUCAUCUAUGUUGAUGGGCUCACUUACAGCUCACCGCCUCCUGUAUCGGUGCUAGGAGGAGGCGGCGGCGGCGGCGGCGGAGGAGGAGGAAAAGGAGACCCGGCUCUCCCAACGACGAGGCUCAAGUCACUGGCUUUGAAUGAUGUACAGGACGUUUUGAACUCAGCAUUGAAGAACGUCUCUACAACCACGUCUACCUCAGCGUCGAUAUCGAGUCCACCAUCAGGCACCGCAACGCCACGAAUGCCCACGGUACGGACCUCCUCCGCUCAAAGCCCCGGAGCUGCAAAGCCUUUCAUUCUUCUUGACGGCAUCGACUUUCUCGUCGCCUGCCAGCCUUUCCUCUCAACGAUAUCUGUACAAGCAUUUCUGUCCUCCCUCCGAAUUCAAUCUGACGCUCUGGUGCUUGCCUGCAAUGCCGACACUCCGUUGCUACACAUUGCGACGUCUGCCAGUGAAGAAGGGACGCUGUUGGAACGUAACCAUGCACAUCUGGUGACUGCCAUGGCUCAUCAGAGCCGAUGGGUUUUGCAACUCAGAGGAUUGGACACGGGCAGUGCGAAGGAUGUGUCUGGCGUGAUAAGGGCGAGCAAGGGUGGUGGUUACGAAGGCAGCGAAGAUGAGUUUAACGAGUCGAGCUACUUGAGGGCUGGAAAUGUUGAUGAACUGGAUGAUGCCGAGUGGCUCUAUCAACUCAAAGGAGACGGGUCUGCUAGGGUUUGGGGUCGUGGUGAAUGA